AAAAACCAAGAGGUCGCGCACCCAAAGCCCUAGUCCUCCUCCAUCCCCAAACUCCGCCGCCGCCGCCGUCACCGCCGCUCGCCACCGCCGCGGCCGCCAUGAGGGCGCUCGACGAGAAGGAGACGAAGAUGGUGUUCGAGAAGCUGUUCAAGUUCACGGGGCCGAACCUGAAGCACCUCCUGGAGCGGCCGGCGGUGGAGGGGCCCGACCCGCAGGCCGGGCGCUACUGCCUCCGCCUCCACAAGAACCGCGUCUACUACGCCUCCGAGGCGCUCGUCCGCCGCGCCACCGCCGUCGCCCGCCCGCGCCUCGCCGGGGUCGGCACGCCCAUCGGCAAGUUCACCCACGGCGGCGCGUUCCACCUCACCGUCCACGCCCUCGACCUCCUCGCCGCCCACGCCCGCCGCCGCGUCUGGCUCAAGCCCGACACCGAGCGCUCCUUCCUCUUCGGCAACUCCGUGCCCAAGUCCUCCCUCGCCCGCAUCACAGAGAACACCAAGGCCAACGACGGCGUCGUCGUCAUGUCCAUGGCCGACGUCCCGCUCGGCUUCGGCAUCGCCGCCAGGUCGGCGCAGGACUGCAGGAAGGCCGACACCAACGCCGUCGUUGUGCUGCACCAGUCUGACGCAGGCGAGUACCUCCGCCGGGAGGAGGAGCUCAUGUGAGGUGUUGAGGUUUGACACAUUGGCGUGACUGCAGGACUGAAGGAUGCGCUUCCUCUUCAUGCGAUAAUUCGAAGUUUUUCUACCACCAGUAAAUGUGCGAUUUUUACCUAGUUUUAAGAUAGUGGAGGUCUGUUGUAUCAUCUAUCUAGUAGAAAAAUUUUGUUCCCAGGCUGUUCUAUGGGCCUAAAAGUGUUCUGUUAAGCUGUAACUUAUCGGUAAGCUACUGCAUGACUGAAUGCUGCAGGCCUGCAGUAACAUUUGAUCGUGAUCAAUGAUAUACUUGUCUUAUGGACCCUACGGAUAAACCCUGUCUGUCCAA